CGAUACAUUUGUAUGUUUUACAAGUUUUGAAAAUAUAAUUUAAUUCUUCCGGUGGCGCUGCAUCUGGGAGGUGGCACUAAAACAUUUCUUGGGGGCAGCCAUAUUGAUAAGAUACUAACUGCGCUGUGAAUUUUACAAUUACUUUAAAGUUGACGCAAUGAUAAGUUAACUCCUUCCGUGGUUAAAAAAAAACCAGAAAAUUAAAUCUUUCGCUGUUCUGGAUGCGGUGCCCACUCGUGGACUCAAGUUAGAAACUCGCAAUGAAUUUUCAACUAUUAUAAUUGUGAUAAUUAUAAUACAAGUUGCCGGAAAACAAGACGGUACACGGUUAUCGCUCGUUGAAAACCUUCAAAACGCCCAGAAAGUGAAUUGAAUAAUUGGAAAAAGUUCUGACUAACUCUUGCAGUCAGGUUCUUAUCUUCCAGUGUUUCUCUUCUUGAUAAUUUGCAGUCCUCUGUUCACGCCUUUCUUGACGGCCUGUUUUAAAAGUUAAUUCUUCCUACUUUUGUUUAUUUUUUACAAAGUGAACAUUUGACGUAGCGAAAUAACAAUGGUCACCAAAGAUGAUGAAUAUGAUUACCUAUUUAAAGUGGUGCUGAUUGGAGAUUCUGGUGUAGGAAAGACAAACCUGUUGUCAAGAUUCACAAGAAAUGAAUUCAGUUUAGAAAGUAAAAGCACAAUUGGUGUGGAAUUUGCAACUAGGAGUAUUCAAGUUGAUGGCAAAACUGUUAAAGCUCAAAUAUGGGAUACUGCUGGACAGGAACGGUAUCGUGCGAUUACCAGUGCCUAUUAUCGUGGAGCUGUUGGUGCUUUGUUGGUAUAUGACAUAGCGAAACACCUCACUUAUGAGAACGUAGAACGCUGGCUGAAAGAACUUCAAGAUCAUGCUGACCAGAAUAUUGUGAUUAUGUUAGUAGGUAAUAAAAGUGAUUUGCGACAUUUGCGUGCAGUUCCUACAGAUGAAGCUAGAGCCUUUGCAGAGAAAAACAACUUAUCAUUUAUUGAAACCUCUGCCUUGGAUACAACAAAUGUAGAAGCUGCUUUCCAACAAAUUUUAACAGAAAUCUAUCGUAUUAUAUCGCAGAAGCAAAUUCGAAACGACGCAGAUAAUGAUCCAUCACCUGGUGGCGAGAAUAUUAAGCCUAUUAGCAUUCCACCAACAGACAGUCCAGAUAUGCGCAAAAAACCAUGUUGUCAAGCAUAGAAACUUUUUAAGAACUGGCCUACAUACAUAUAAUCUGUGCACUUGUUUAUGAUUAAAGUUUCCUUAUUAACUGUUGUGGCCAAAACGAAAUUGAAAAUAGCCUGCACCCUUUUAAUUUUUUUCUCUUGAGUCAUGUGGGUUUAAAUUUCAAGGCCUCUGUUAAAUACGUUGGGAUAAAUUUAAAAAAAAAAAAAUGCAGUCUUCAAGAAGAUCGGGUGCAUGCAACCUUCUACAUCCUGAUUUCAACAAAGAUGGUGCAUAGUAGAGUGUAAAGUCUAGCUUAUGUUAGAAGACUGAUGUGUAAUUUGUACAGUUUUAAUUUUGUAUUAAGAUGGUUUUUAUGCUUGUAUUUACCAUUUUCAAGUCGGAACAAGCAAUAUCGAGAAUAUUACAUUGCGUCCCUAAAGGUUGCAUGCUUCUGUACCAAGAAUAAUUGCUGUGUAGCAUUUUGAAUACAUAGUUCUAUGUUCAUAUUUAGAUUUCUUGCAAGUCAUCUAUGAAUCUUCAUCUUGGACAUGCUUGUGGGGUUGAAAAAUUUCUUUAGCAAGAUCUCUAAAUUCUAGUUUUGAAAGUCAAAAAAAUUCUAAGGGUCCAUGUUUCAAUCAGACACCGUCUGAGGUAUUUAAAACUUUUUUUUUUUUUGUUCUGCUUCAAAAUGUUAUUUAUUGAUUCAUAUAAUGUGGGAGCUUUUAAGAAUUGAUGAAUACGAAAUGAUUUGGUACAUCUAAAGUUACUGAUUAUUUGAACAUGCCAUAUUUUUUAAAAAGUUUGUAGUGGCUAACUAUGCUAAGCUCUAAAUUUUAAAUAUUUUAAAAAAUUGUUUUAUGUAGUUGGAUAUUUCAUUAAACAUUGCUAUUUCAUAUAGCCGUUAUAUCCCACAUUGUGUGUUGUGUAUUUUUUAUAAAGUGAAUGAAAUUGAGCAGUGAAGUUUAAACAUUUCGAAUUAGCAUACACUUUGAGCUGGUUGCUGCUUCUUCCUGGUUGCAGAAACAGCUGUGCAAAAUAUCACUAUUAUAUGAAGCCAUAAACAGUUUGGAUUUAUUUUAAUGUUGUAACUGGAAAUGCAAAAUCAAACUUCUAAACUUCUUUUUAUAUUGAAAUUUGUUAUUGGUAAAAUAUUUAUUCAAAAAUUGUUAUAUAGUCUAGUUACUUUUUAUAAAUUGUAAAAAAAAAAAAAUAAUAAUCUUGCAUUGAAUUUCUUUUUUUCUUGUUCUUGCUAAAAGUCUCAUAUGCUUUUGUACUUUCUAUUUCAAGCUCUUAAUUGAGUUUAAAAUAUUUUUUAAAAAUGCCUUCAGUGUUAUAUCAUGACAUGCCAUAUUAGUUACAAAGCCUCACUUUAAUAUUUGGAAAAUAAAGUAUGGAUAAUCUGAAGUGUU